UCAGUUUAAUUUAAUUGAAAAUUUUUUAGCCAAAUCCGAAUGAUACGCGCCUCACCUUGCUAACGAGUACAAAGGAUUUGGAUACUAGAAUUUGCUAAUGAGUAUGCAACAGCUCUAGCUAUGCUCUGCUAAUCGAAAUUGAAUUUUCUUUAUGUCAGAAAAUGGCCAGAAGAGCUGGCUUUGUCCUCAGAUUCUCUGUUAUUGCAACAAACAAACCCAUAAAUCCCAUAUUGUUUCAUGUCUCUUUCUCCUUCUCCCCGGUUCCUACACCCCAAUUCGAACAAACCGAACAGCGCGAAAUCCUACAAAACUAUAGCAACACUAUUAGCGGCAAAGACCAUGAACGCUGUGAACAAAUGGACAAGCUUCAAUUUUUGCUUCAGCAAGGCAGCACAGAAGCCGCCUAUAGCUUUACCAAGUCUAUUGUUCUAUCAAAAUCGUUAUUCUCUACACCCUCUGAUCUCCUUUCUUGAUUCUCUUCAUUCUUUCCUUCAUUGCGAUUCAAACUGUCAAACAUGUUAUUUUCUGUUUGUUGCGACUCAAAAAUGCUCGACCAGGCUACAGAAUUAUACGAUUUCAUGAAGCGAGAUGGUAAGCUUCCUCCUCUUGCUUCUUUGAAUGUGUUGCUUAAUUCUUUGGUGGACUCGAAGCAAUUUGAUAAGGUUCUUGUUUUAUUUACGGAGCUUGUGGAGUCUUGCUUUAGGCCUGAUACAGCUAUGUACGGUAAGGCUGUGCAGGCGGCUAUGAUGGGGGAUGUAAAGAGGGGCAUGGAGUUGCUUGAUUCCAUGACAAAGAGAGGGGUAAGAACUAACGUGUUUGUUUACAAUGUUUUGAUUGGUGGGUUAUGUAUGGAGAAGAGGAUAAGAGAUGCACAGGAGCUGUUUGAUGAAAUGAGGAGGAGGAAUUUGGUGGGGAGCACUGUCACUUAUAACUCGCUUAUUGAUGGAUAUCGUAAGGUUGGGAGGUGGACACAGCAUCUAAAAUGAUGGAGAGGAUGAAGGAAGAGAAUGUACCCAUGAAUAUCAUUACUUUCAACUCAUUGCUUAGUGGGCUUUGUAAGAUGCAGAGAAUGGAGGAGGCAAGAAAUAUACUGAAGGAGAUGGAAGUGAAUGGUUUUGUGCCUGAUGGAUUUACUUACAGCAUCUUUUUUGAUGGGCUUUUUAGGAGUGCUGAUUGGAAUGGUGCUAUGGAUUUGUACGAGUCAGCUACUAGAAAAUGAAUUAAGAUUAAUAAUUACACUGGUAGCAUUUUGUUGAACGGGUUAUGUAAAGAAGGAAAAGUGGAGAAGGCAGAGGAGAUUUUGGAGAGGCUUAGAAAAAAUGGACUUGUUCCAGAUGAGGUUAUUUACAACACUAUGGUGAAGGGGUAUUGUCAAAUAGGUGACAUUAAUAAAGCCAUUAUGAUUAUUGAACAAAUGGAGAGUUUGGGGCUGAAGCCAAAUUGCAUAACUUUUAACUCUUUGAUUGAUAAGAUCUGCGAAAUGCAAAAGAUGAAUGAGGCAGAGGAGUGGGUAAAGAAGAUGGCAGAGAAGGGAGUUGCACCAAGUGUGGUAACAUACAACACCCUUAUCAAUGGUUUUGGAAAGUUGUGCACUUUUGAUAGGUGCUUCCAGAUUCUUGAAGAAAUGAAAGAGAUUGGGGUAAAGCCGAAUGUUGUAAUCUAUGGUUCUCUCAUAAAUUGUUUAUGCAAGGAUGGAAGGAUUCUUGAGGCAGAAAUAGUUGUCAGGGAUAUGAUCGGAAGAGGGGUUUUGCCUAAUGCACAGAUUUACAAUAUGUUGAUUGAUGGGAGUUGUGCGGUGGGGAAAUUGAAAGAUGCUUUAAGGUUCUUUGAUGAGAUGUUGAGAAGUGAAAUAGGUGCAACCCUUGUAACAUACAAUGCACUUAUUAAUGGGCUCUGCAAGAAGGGAAGAUUGAUGGAAGCUGAAAACCUGCUUCUACAAAUUACUAGCAGUGGUUAUAGUCCAGAUGCAAUCACAUACAACUCGUUAAUUUCAGACUAUGCAAAUGCAGGAAAUGUCCCAAAAUGUCUUGAAACGUAAGAAAGAGACUAUUAUUGUUGAGCUUGCUCACAAUCAAUCUAUCAACACGGGGAAAAGAAAGCAAGGAUCUAUCUGACACUACCCAAAGGAUCUACACUUAGCCAGUUAAUACAAGAUGCUACAAUGAACAUUUGGUGAGAUUUUCUCAUCUAUUAUGACUAUAAAUUAUCUGCUGCUGC